GCUCCUUCUUCAUGUACCUUAUUUUUUCCUAAUGAAACAUAUACAAUCAGAUAAAGCACGUUUUCUGUGAACGUUUUGUCUGUGAAGAGGUACAAAUUCCUGUACCGGUAUGGAUCUAAACGACACACUAAGAGAGCUCGACUCCGUAAAACUGCGCGCCUUGACGGAGCAACUUGUGGCGCGCGCGAACAGUUCGGCACCGCUUCAACAUAACGAGACGGAUUCCGCUCCUCAGGAGGACUUAGACGUGAACACGGACAUUUACUCAAAAUUGCUCGUCACUGUGAUUUACGUAGCGCUGUUCGCCAUCGGCUGCCUCGGGAACUCUAUAACGCUGUACACUCUGCUGACAAAGAAGUCUCUUCAGAACCUGCAGAGCACCGUGCACUACCACCUGGCGAGCCUGGCCGUCUCUGAUCUGCUCAUCCUCCUGUUCAGCAUGCCAAUAGAGCUCUAUAACUUCAUCUGGGUGCACCAUCCGUGGGCUUUUGGAGCGGCCGCGUGUAAGGGCUAUUAUUUCCUGCGCGACGGCUGCUCAUAUGCCACGGCUUUCAACGUGGCGAGCCUUAGCGCCGAGCGCUACAUGGCCAUCUGCCACCCGUUUAAGGCGAAAAGCGUGAUGUCGCGCAGCCGCACCAAAAAGCUGAUCAGUGCCAUGUGGGCCGCCUCUUUUCUGCUCGCCACACCGAUGAUCUUUACCAUGGGCCAGAGGAGCGUGGACAGUGAACCCAUAUGCACUACCAUUGUGUCCUCAGUCACAGCCAAAACUGUUCUUCAGGUGAAUGCAUUCCUAUCAUUUGUUGUUCCCAUGGGUCUGAUCUCAGUGCUGAACGGAGUCAUUGCCAGUCACCUUCUGCGUAUGUUUCGUGAGGCAGCUCAGGACAACCGUGUCUGUGUUGUCGGGGGUAAUGCCACUAUGCUCAGCGUUGCUGUGGAGCCCAACCGAGCCCAGUCAUUGCGUCAUGGUGUUUUGGUGUUGCGAGCUGUAGUUAUUGCUUUUGUGGUUUGCUGGCUGCCCUAUCAUGCCCGUCGCCUGAUGUACUGUUAUGUGACUGACUGGACUGACAAUCUCUAUGACUUCUACCACUACUUCUACAUGAUUACUAAUGUGCUGUUCUAUGUAAGCUCAGCUAUCAACCCUGUCUUGUACAACCUUGUCUCAACCAACUAUCGUCAGAUCUUCUUUUCUACUCUGCACAAUUUCUUCCUGCCAUGCCGACGUAAGGAGGAAACCCGCAUGCUUACCAGACACUCUGUCAGCAUCUGCAGUAACCACACUUUCUCUACCAAUGUCAUUAAAGAGACUGUGUACUGAUUAGUGUCAGUGCUACAUGACACUAAAUGUAAAUUGAUGCUAUUAGUGAUAUUGUUGUUACUUCCUAUUGUUUUAGUUGUCACUCUGAGAGUCUAAGUGACUAGAAGAAAGAGGCAAGAUUGUGGGCUGGCAUCAUUGCAGACCUACACAUACAAAGGCUCUUGAUAUAUAUAAAUUGACAAGUAUUGAUGGUUCAGUUUUUAAGACAUUGUGCAAAUAAUGUAUGUACUGUUAACUUCUAUACAACUAAAAACGAUUUGGGGGAAAUUUGGUACUGUAUAUUUAUGCGGUUUAUGCUUAAUUCUCCUAUUAUUUUAUCAUGCAUAUUUAUGCAAACUCUAUAUUAGAAGUUUAAAAGGAGUAUCAAAAAUGGCUCUACCCCUUACAUUCCCCUUUGAGAACAUUAAAUAUGGACCACUAAUAAUUAUUAGGAAAGCACAUUGAUAUCUUGCCUAUUAUACUCCUUUUAAAGUUGAAAGACUGAAAUGCAACAUAUUAUGCAUUCUUGCAUGCUUAUUAAUUAAUAAGUUAAUUAAUUAAUUAAUUUAUUUCCCUCUGGUGCACAAUUGGAAUGUUCUUGGCUGAUACAAGUUUAAAAAAAAAAAGUCUGACCUGUCAAUUCCAAUUUUGGCCAAUUUCAAGAUCUAUAAUUGACACAAACAUUUUGUAACUUUAAUUUUAAAAAUGUAUUAUAUGUAUAUUAUAAAAUAUGAACCAAUUAUUACCUUUUACUAUGAUUUAGUGUGUAAUCCAAGCUACCAUUAGCAACAUUAGCCUGACUGUAUGCCUACUUUUAACAAACAAUCUUUUGUAAAUGUAGCUAGAAUGAACGACAAAUAACACUAAUGGUUUCUAGAUAAAUUCAGGAAGGAAUCUGAGGUGAAAAUUUUUUAUGACACUCAUCCAAUCUUGAAGAUAACUGUUGGAGUAUUUUCCCCAUAAAUAAACAAUGACCACUCACUUAAAAAGACAAAAAGAAUUAAAAGAAAGUUUGGGGUUCUUGUUUACAGUUACAGAUCAUGCUUUUGGCACUGAAUGCUCUACUUCACAAAGCAAGUUGGCUAAAAAGGGCACUCCUGGGAGGAGCUGAGCCCCAAGUUGGAGAAGGGUCUUAAUUAUCAUCCUUUAUUUCAUCACGAAUUAUGAAAAACAAACAAUGGACCAAUCUGAUGAUUUUGUUUUUGAUGGAAAUAUUUACAUGUGUAAAUGUUAGUGCCCCCUCUUUUAAUUCUUUUUUGUUUGUUUGUUUUUGUUGUUGUUGUUGUUUUUUUUACAACAUUUUACACCUUUAUUACAACAAAAUUGUAAUAAAGUAAAUUCAAUAAUGUAAAAUUCAGUUCAUUAAGGGAAUUGGGCAUUCUAUUAAGAACAGCUCUUUUAAGGUCCUGCCACAGCAUUUCAGUUGGAAUAAACUUUGACUAGUUCGUUCCAAAACCUUGAUUGACUGAUGUGUGCUUCAGAUCAUUGUCCUGUUGCAUGACUGAAUUGCGACCCAGUUUUAGCUGUCAGUCACAUGGGCUCACAUUUGCCUCUAGAAUUCUCUGCUAAAAUGCUCAAUGAGGUCUGUAGGCUCUUAGAUGUAGCUCUGUUUUUGUAUUUUUCUGACCACUGCACAGUGUGACUUUGGGGUGAUUGUGCUGGGAUGUUCAAUCCUGGGAAGUUUGGCAGUUGUCUUGAAUGCUUUCCACUUGUGUAUAAUCUUACUGUUGAGUGCUGAAUUUUAAAUGGUUAGAAAAUUUCAGAAUAUCCCGAUUGAUGUGCAGCAAUAAUUGCUUCUGUAAGUCCAUUGCUUACAGUAUGUCUUUCCCUCUUGGCAACACACCUGAAUGCUGAAAACUUCUGCUUUUAUGGAGGUCUGCACACCUGCUGAUGAUCAAUUAAUCAAGGGCUGAUGAUUAACAGCACCUGCCUGCAACUCACCAUGUUUAAUCCUGUGGAAGCAGUAAGGGUGUAUCUAGUAUUGCCCAUUUUGGGCUUCAUUUUUGUUAAUAAAAAAAAAUAAUGGCACAGUGUAAAAUGUUAUAUGGUGUUUGUACAAGGUACUGAGACCAGCUAAGAUUAGAUUUUUAUUAUAUUUUUAUACCAAAAAAAAGCAUAGGAUUAAAAGCUGGGGCACUAGCUCAUAUACACAACUAUACAAAUGCAAAGAAAAUGAAUAGGAAGGUGAUGUAUAUUUCUAAUGUUUUUUGCAUGUACACAACCUAGACACCUACAUGACUGCCCAAAAGUGGUAAAAGGUGAAUUUUCUUAAUAGUUCCUCUUUAAAGCUGACAAAAUGUGUGUUUAAAAAGUUUAAUAAUGCAGCAGUGCAGUUUAAACUAAGAGCAGAGUAAGAUUUAACCUGACAAUUCAAGUAACUUUACUGCAACUCCAGGCAAUUUUGCAUAGCUUAAAGCACUGCUGCUUUAAGACAGAGGAGAAAAUAAAAACAAAGAACAAAGAUAUUCCUCAGCAGUUCAGCAAAUUCUAUUGAUUACUUUUAUUGAUUAAAUCCCUGAGGUAAAUGAAAGGUAUAAUUGUGGGCCACAUAUUUGGACUAAAUGUACUAAUUCUGUGAUGCACAGGGAAUGCUUCAGAAGACCGUAACACAUCAUUAAGACUCUGUUGCAGCAAAUUUAUGAAUCUAUCAACCUGAAAGAUUUUUUUCUAGUAAUGGACAAAAAGGCAGCUAUCAUUAAAAUAGACAGAUAACUUGUCAGGACUUUCUAAGAAAAUGAGUGAUCUGAUAUGCAAACUAACAGAUAUGAUAUGUACUGUAGAAGGCACUGAAAAAAAGAUUUACACUGUGAGGGGGGUAAGAUUGUUCCCCAUGAAGGCUGUUUCUUGCUAGGAUUGACUGACUGAGGUUAGCGGAACAAGAAGGAAAAGUAUUAGCAGGAUAUGAGAGCAUGGUUCAUAACUGUGUGUGUGCCUGUUAGUGUAUGUGUGUGUGUGCAAGAACAAAUCAUAAUGUUUAUUAAAAUGAGAUACCUCCAUGAGACACGAGCAAGAUGCAGAAGUUGAUUAAAACUCUUAAGCAACAUACUUAGCUAGCCACUUUUGCGCUAUAUGAUAUGUAGUUCCUGAAGGUUCUUUUUCUUUCAUACUGUAAUCACCGGUUGCUUACCAGCAUGUGGUAAAAUACUGCACCUUAUUUUUUUUAAGUGAAUGCUCUGAAGUUAUUUAUGUGAAAUUCAUUAGCAAAAUAGAUGGUUUCAUCAGUCUAUGUACUUAAAUUUUAUUUAGGGAUAAUAAAAUAAGAUAGAUUUAUGUGACACUUGUAUAACAUUUUAAUGACCGCAUACCAAACCUUCAUAAAUGAUAACCAAGAAUUACGUAUUCCCAAAGGCAACUGGUACAAAAAAGAUGCAUUAGUUUGUGAACAAAUACCUCUGUGAACCAAGAUGAACAUAGCACAUAUAUAUCCUCUUUUCAUUUUCUGGCCUUUUACUACACAAAAUCAUUAAACUGACUUUGUGGAUACUAGGCUGUACUUCUAAUAUACAGUAUGAUGAGUCAUAAAUGAGUCUUUAAUAUUAACAGGGGUGUGUAGAAUGUUAUCUCUACUACACUUAUUGAAUUUAAAUAGUUUUGCAAAUGUUCCUGCUGCACUGCAAUGCAGAGUUAACCCAUUUGUGCUUUCAUGAUAACUGAAUCCCAUUUGAAAGAUCAUAUCCAUUAUCUAUAAUAUAGAUAUACGUUUAUUUUAUUAUUUGAUUGCAAUUUCCAUCCCUAGCCACGAAAUAUAAUGUACUAAUCAUUAUGUCUUAAAAGGAAAAUACAAGGCAUUUCUGUUUUGCCAACUAACAAUUACGUACAUAUAUGGUUGCUAAUAGCUGGUCAAUGCAAAGGAGAAAACUGUGGUUUUACAUGCUAUGAUUAUUAUUUAUACACUGUCUAAAAUAUUUUGUCUGUGCUAUGUGUAAUUUACCUGUAAACAUAUAAUGUGUGUGUUUUAUGUACUGUAAUUUAUGAUUACAUUGUAACUAUAUUAUAUGUUGUGUAGUUAUCUUUAUGCUACUGUCAGAGUAGUACAAAAUAAAUUUCAAAGUAAAACCAGUUCUGCUGCUCUGCCUAUAGACUUCAGCACAAUGGAACUUUUUUUCUGGAUUAUUAUAUUAUUUUAUUUAAACUUUUUUUUACAGUGCUCCAAGUUAUAGGCAGAUAAGUAUGUAGCUCUGGUUUAUUAUUUUUAUAAUAAAAUAUAUUAUGUACCAGAACGGAUCAAUAAAAUUUGAUUGAAAUACCUUACCAACAACAACAACAACAAUGAUAAUAAUAGGCUAAUAAUAAUAAUAUUAAAUUCAGGAAUGUGGUGGUGUAGGAGUAGCAAGCCAAUAAAAAGAAUUAGUAAAUGUAAUAUUAAAAAAAAUUAAAAAGGAAAGUAAAUAUCAUAUAUAUUUUAUAUCAAUUCUUCUUAUAGCCAAGGCACACGUAAUCUGGUCUGGUAGCUUGGCCUUUGUUUGUUUGUUUGUCACCUGAAUGUAUUACCAGAAAAUACAACUAAACCUGAACUGUUACACUGAUCAGUCUUUUGUUUUUCUGGUCCAUCAGAAAACCUUUUAUUUGUGUAGAACUAAUCUUCGU